UAAUGUCCUAACAGAAAAAUCAAAAGAAUAUUGUGGUAUACAAUUAUGAACCUCAUCCAAAAACUUUGACUGAAUAAGUUACCAAUAUUCAAUAAUCUCAAAUACAACCUGAUGAUUCACCCUUCAAUGUUUCUAAAGUCUUAAAAGCUAAACAAUAACAAAGCAACAUCUUUCAUCUUCCUUAGUAGGAUCUUGUAGAUUAUAGUAAAGUCACUCCAAAUUAGCAUGCAGAAAGUAAUGCAUUUAUUAAAAUACUAGAAAUUUUGCCAUUUGAUAUGUUCUGGUGGAAUAGUUAAAAUUUAAAAGAAAACAAGAAAAUUGAUAUUAAUAAUCCCAUAAUUCCUAAUGUUCAUAUGAUUUAAAGUAGACCUCAAACUGCCACAUAAUAAAGAGUAAAUACAGAGUCCAACAAUUAAAAAAUAACUGAAUAAUAAUUUCUUCAAAUUUAAUAAUAACAAUACUAAUAAUUUUUACAAUAAUAAUAACAAUAAAUAAAACCUUAAUAAUAGUUAUAGUAAAUUGAUUAAUAAAAACAAUUAUUGAAUCAAUAAUAAGAAAAUCCAUAUGAUGUAAUUAAAGAACAUAAUUUAAUGAUUGAAACUGCUUCAUUUGCUGGAUAAGAUAAUAAUAUUUAAAUAUAAUAAUAAUAAUAAUAAUCUAACUAAUUGUAAAAUCCAGCAAAAGUAUAUGAUAAAGUCAAUAAUCCAAAUUCUGAAUUGAAAUAAAAAAAUCCUAAUUUCUCUGAUGUUUUUGGAAAUGGUCUUGAAAAAUAUUAUCAAUAAAAACCAUAGUAAAAUAGUUGUACAAAACAAUUAGUUGAAUAUAUGUAAGAAAGUGAACUAUAUGGUGUAAAAUAUCAUUAAAGAUAAAUGCUUAAAGGUAUGAGUUCUUAAAUGGAUACACAUAAGUAUUACGAUCAAAUGUUAGAUAAAUAAACUCAAGAUUAAAUUAAAUCAAAACAACCAAAAAGUAAAUCAUAAUCUCCCUAAGCUUCACCUGGUAAAAAUCUUGAAUAAGAUGAGAAAUUGUUUCCCAAACCUUUAUACACUGAGUUAAGUAUAAGAGGUAUGGGAAAGGAUAUUAAUUGGGAAAAAUUGAGUGCAUAAUUAAAUACUGUUUAAAUGUAAUUAGCAGAUACUACUAUUGUUAAAGAUAAGUAAGGGAAGAUCAAAUAGCAUAAAAUAAUAAUUAAAUAUUUUGAUCAAGGAAAUUUAUAAGGUGUGAAAUAAUGGGUACUUACAUAAGGAGGUAGAAUAGUUGAAGAAAGAUUAUUGGAGUCAGAGGAUGAAUUCAAGAAAAUGAUCAAAUUAAAAGAAGGACCAAAGCAAAGACCAUUGAGAAUAGCUGAAGAAAAGGAAAGAUUAAAGCAGUAAAAAAAGAGACCUUAAAGUGCAGCCCCCGUUUAAAAGUAAAAGAAAUGAU